UUUACAAACCAAAGGACAAUUAAAAUUAUUUUGUGAAUGAAUUUUAUUUACAAAUUUAUCCAUAUUUAAGUUUAUAGCGAAAAACAAACUGAAAAGUAUGCCGAAAAGAAAACAUGAUAUCUUUACGGAAAAAGUCAUGGAGGAAUUUCUCGAUAAUGAUAUUCCAGUAAAAAUAAAAACCCAGCUGGUAUCUGAUGAUGAGGAAUCUGAUAUGGAUCAUAACGAAAUAAAAAUAGAGCCAUAUGAAGUUUUAGAAAUGAAUGAUGAUAGCUUAUCUAUAGAGGAUCAACCUUUAACAAGAAGCAUUGGCAUUCAAACGGACGCUGUUUGUGAGACCAAUGUAAAUGUCCAGAAAGUUUUGAAUACUUUAAAAGCGAAGCAUUUGGUGAACAGUAAACUGAUGGUGGAUAAGUUAUUUCAAUCGAUUGAGAAGGUCGUAGAAGAUUGUACAAAAUCCAUAAAUAGGAAGGAUGCAGGGCUGGAAGAUACUACAUUGGUAGGCCUAUUAACUUCCUGGGACUUGAAACAUCUCUUGCAAUUUUUUCAAGAACAAAACAUUACAAUUAAAACGCUUUCCUUAUUGACCUCUAACGAUUUAAUGGAAAUUACACAGCAAAUGAAAAUAGGCGACAAAAUCCUAUUCAAACAUAAUUUAGAAAAGUGGAGAAAGGAUAGAAACUUACCCGUACUCUUGCAACAAAGCACAAGUGAAGCACAGGAAGCUCAAUCUCAUUAUUCUGGUACCGAAGUUGAAAAUCCCAAAGUAAAUGUUUUGGAUAUUUUAAAACUACACAAAAAUGGUUGUAAAAUUUUAAAAUUUUACGAAAAAUCGCAAAAAAUAUCUGAAGAACAUCGUUCCUGCAUAAUGAAUAUAAUAGUACAACAUUUUGAAUCAAAAGAUCUGCAUAUGUCUCUGCAAACCAGUUACCAAUUAGAAAAUCAAAUACUAAAAAUUUUUCCAACAGAAAAAUUAGAAUACUAUAGAAUAGAACGCAGGGGAAAGAUAUAUUCAAAGUAUUAUAACAAGAAAAAACUGUUGAAAUCUUUAAAAACUAGCGAAAGCAAUUCAGUUACAACAAAAGAAGACGCACUAGUUUGUUUUUUAGUACCAGAAGAUGAUGCAGAAGUGUAUAUCCAUGUCCUAAAGACCCAAGAUUUUAGAACUCAGGCAUAUAGCUUAGCAUGGGGUAGCUGUGUUAAUUAUCGCUUGAAUCAAAUAAGAAACGAGUGUCAUAAUAUUAAAGAGGUCUUAAAACUGUGGCCUGAAUAUAAGGGACCUAGUGCAUGUAAAUUUAUUGAAUGUGACUUUAAUGGAUUAUACCAUAAAGUAGCUACUACUGUGAACUGGAACGAAAAGUUUCUAAAACUUUUUAAAUAUCUAAAAGAUCAUAAUAACACGAGGGAAAAAUCUAUUACUGAUAUUCUAACGACUAUAGAGGUACCUCAAUCUGAUGAAGAUAAAGAUCAACCGCUAUUAUACCUCAAGUUACUAUGGUGUCUGCAUAGCAUUUUGUUUCAAACAAAAAAAUGUGCCAGAAAAAAUACAAACGGUAAAAUGGAAUAUGGCAAAUUUACCAUAAAAGAUUCUCAAGAAUCAUUUAUUUAUAUAAACUCUACAAUGCAGUCUUUGAAAGAUCACUUGGCAGCUUUAGCAGCAAAAGACGACCCCAUUCCGCCUUUUAUUUUAGGUUUAGGCGAUGUGAAUACCUUAGAAAUUGAUAAAUUUUUCAUAUAUUUAGAUGACAAACUUAUAAUAUGCGAUAGUUUUAUGGAAGCUUUUGAAACAUGUUUUAAAUCUUUUCAUGUAUUUAAUGUUUCUUAUCCAAUGGCGUCUGAACCAUUUUGGAUAUUUGUAGAAAAUUAUUUUUAUGGCAUUUUCAAAAAUGUUAAAUCGUAUACAAAAGUGUGUAUACUUUUAGAUCAGCUAUCGAAAAUGUAAAAAAUUUUAUUUUUCCUUAAAUUUCCAUAAGGAAAUAUUGAAGUUAUUAAUUUAUUAAAUGUAAUGUAAUGUUUUCAUUAUAAUAAUGAAAAAAGUUUUCUAAAGUAAAUUAUUCUUUUAAUUAAUGAAAUGCUUUUAAUAGCAGUAAUGAAAUAAUUUAGUUAAAUAAUAUUUCAAUACAUAUAAAGUUUAUUUUUAAGGGGUUUUCUAUAGAAAAGU